GAUAAAACUGGAGGCAGAAUAACUGGAGAGGAGACAUUUCCCGCCCAACGAUCAAAAAUGCCUACUGAUUAGCCAAUGUAGGCGUAGGCGUUCCCCCAAUUUCAAACAAAACAACAUCAGCUAUGGCGUCACGAACAGUUGAUCUAUGGGCAGAAGUCGUAUCAGAAGAAGAGGAGCAUAAGCGAUCAAUUGAAGACUCGGAGCCUGCAAUCAUCUAUCGGAGACAAAAACCUCAUUCUAUCCCUCAAAAAGUUUUACCGAGGAGGCAAUCGAAAUCAAGCAGCGGGGGUGGGACUCGUAAGAGUAUUCUGCCGGUGAAGCGUGUGAGUUGGAAUCGGUCUCUUUCCACUAGAGGAAGGACAAGCAUUGCUGCCAAUGCAUGUGUGGAUCAACCAAAACAAGGAAAACCUAGGCGAAAUGCUAAGCCACCACUCCCUAGAGGGAAAUGCAUAGAGCCUCCCAAUUAUGACAAAGAGCAAGCUUAUUUUCAAGAGGUUGAUGAUUUUGAAUUGCUAGAAGAAAGCCCCUCACCAAAGAAACCUAGUACCUGGACCAUGGGCACACAAGUUCAGGAAGUUGUCAUCUCCCAUCUAUCCUCAGUAUUGCGUAAAUGGCUGAUCUCCAAGAAGUUAAACCAAACAUAUGCAUUUUCUGGUUCGCUUUCAAAGAUAUUCGAAACUGAUGUUUCAUCUUCAACCCUAAAGACUCCAAGAGAGGAAUAUCUAGGAGUUCGGUUGACCAAAGAUUCUACUCGGCAAAAGCUUACAUCAAGCUUGAAUGAGAAGCCUUCAUCCAGCAUGCUUAUUGGAGUUGCUGUUAGCAAACUCUCUUUGACUUCGAGGCCUUCGUCACUUGAUAGUCAUGCCUGGGAUUCAUUUUCCGCCUUAUUGACUGCUUGUGGUCAGUCAAUCCCUUCAACAUUGACGGAGAUGUUGACUAGUUACUGUGAAAGAGGGAAUAUCUCCAAGGUUGGGGAGGGAACAUACGGAGAAGCUUUUAAGGUUGGCAAUACAGUUUGUAAAAUUGUCCCAUUUGGUGGAGAUUCGCUUGUCAAUGGUGAAGUUCAGAAGAAAGCAGAAGAACUAUUGGAGGAGGUUGUUCUUUCAUGCACCCUCAAUCACCUUAGAGGACUUGAGGGUGAUGUAUCUAAUGCUUGCACUUCCUUCAUACAGACCAUCGAUUUGAGGGUUUGCCAAGGAUGUUAUGAUUGCAAUCUAAUAAGAGCAUGGGAAGACUGGGAUGUGAAGAAUAAUUCAGAAAAUGAUAACCCUAAGGAAUUUUCUUCUGAUCAGUGCUAUGUAGUUUUUGUUCAACAACAUGGUGGUCGGGAUCUUGAAAGCUUUGUGCUUUUUAAUUUUGAGGAAGCACGAAGUUUAUUAGUUCAGGUCACUUUGGCACUGGCUGUGGCAGAGGCUGCUUAUGAAUUUGAACACAGGGAUUUGCACUGGGGUAACAUUCUGUUAACUCGUAAAGAGCCUGCUGCUCUGCAAUUCAUUCUUGAAGGAAAAAAGUUGCUAAUAAAAACUUCUGGAUUGGUCAUAUCCAUUAUUGAUUUCACCCUCUCAAGGAUGAAUACAGGUGAAGAUAUACUCUUUCUCGACCUAUCAUCAGACCCACAGAUUUUUGAGGGUACAAAAGGAGAUAAACAAGCAGAUACUUAUAGGAAGAUGAGGGAUGUGACGGAUGAAUGUUGGGAAGGAAGCUUCCCGAAGACCAAUGUGUUAUGGCUGCAGUACUUGGUUGACAUCUUGCUAUUGAAGAAAUCCUUUGAGAGAACUUCCAAAGAUGAGAGAGAACUACGCUCUCUGAAGAAACGCUUAAAUACUUAUGAUUCAGCUAAGCAGUGUGUGCAUGAUCCUUUCUUCAGCGAUUUAUUUAUCGAAGAAUCACCAAACAGCGACUGAAGCAUGUUACAACUGCAGGUAUUUUGAUGAUUUAUGUAAUUUUGUCUAAAGCCACCAACAAUAUAGUGGUUUAGGUAAUAGCAGGAAAUCUUUGAUUCUGAUGUUUAUGGGAGUAUAAAAUUAGUAGAUGUUGUAUUUGCAAGAAUUUGUAUGCUGCUUUAGGAUGAUGCUGGGUUGAGUCAGAUUAAAUGCUUUUGGAUUGGGAGGGAGUUGAUGACCA